UAUUUUCUUUAUUCAUUAUAAUUACUUCAACUCUUAUAAUAUAAUGAUCUAUUUAUUUGUACGAAAUUAAUAGUCCUUAGAAAGCUUCUUUUAUGUAUCAUGGCGUUUGUGGAUAAAGUGAAACCAGCUCAGAAAAUUGUAGUUCGUUUCCUUCCUCCAACACUGCCUGAUAAAGUUUUUCAUGAGUCAAUACCAAAGCAAUUCCUGGAUGAAAUCACAUGGUAUCGUUAUUGUCAGGGAAAAAGGAGAAAAUCUAUACAAAAGGAAAGCACUAAUUCACGAGCGUAUUUAAACUUUUCGUGUGGAAAUGUGGCGGCGAAUUUUUUACUAUCCUUUCAUGGAACAUCAUUUGUGGAUGAAAAAGGACAGGUUUUCAGGGCAGUUGUGUGUUAUGUGCCGUAUCAACAAGUUCCACGACCAACUGCUUCUGUGGAUAAAAAAAAAAAUACUAUGGCUACAGAUUCUCUCUAUUUAAGCUUUGUAGAAUCAUUAGAGCAACCCGUUGGAAAGCCGGUAUCACAAGAUGUUAGCGAUGUGAAAUCGACACUAAUCACACCCCUUGUGCAAGAGUUGUCACAACGGCGCAAGUUGAACGCUGAGCAAAAACAACUAAAUGAAAAGAAAAAAAAAGCAAUCAAGAUUAAAAAAAAAGAAGUACCAACUCAUGCCUCGUAUAAUUCUAAUGUAUCUAACCGAACAAGUUCCCCACAUCAUUUUACUCGAAAACAAAACGUUACCGAUUCUACUCCUCGAGAAAAAAAAAAAUCGUCACAUAGAGGGAAAAAAAUAGAUCGUGGAAAAAGAGCGUCUAAAAAAGAAAACCCGGUGACAUUACCACCUCCUAAAUCACGUAUGUGCAUCCAUAUUUUGUUAAAAUUAUCCUUUUAUAUUUUUUGUGUUACAGAGUAUUCAAAAGAGGCUAAUCGUGAAGAACUUCCUCAUGUUAAAAGUCCAUGUAUUUUCCGAGAAAAACAUACCAAGGAUGAGAAACGAAAUAAAAAUAAUCGUCGUGUGACGGCUAGACGAGUUCCUAUUAUAUUGUCCAGAAAAUCUAUAGUUCCCGAGCAAAAUAAAGUUGAGAGUAAAGAAUAUUAUGCAUCUCAUAUAAAGCUAAAAGAAGGAAGGCGUGAAAACUGA